AUGUCUCACACCCUUUACUUCCAUGUAAGUGGCUUCGUUUUUACAGAUAGUUCCUAUGUUGGCUCGACAUUGUGCUACAAAAUUGUUAAUCAUAUCAAAAACGUUUCCAAAGCAUAUAAUUUUGAAUAUUCUGAAGCUUCCACAAUCUCUCGUUCCUUCCACAUCUCCUGCGAUGACAUUGAUAUAGGUCAAAUUGAUGUCGAGUUGUACCGAAAAGGCGUUUUUAACGACGAGUUUUUAGGCAAAGUUCAAAUCCCUCUCAAUAUAUUACCUAUGGAUGCAGUCACAAUGAACGUAUUACCAUUAACAUCUCAAUCCUAUGAAUCAGCUCCGAUUGGUAUUCGUCUAAAUUUGCAUCUUACCAAAGAACAAGCUCCUUAUAAAGCUCCAAUCAAAGAGCCUACACUCAUGCAAAUGGAUCUUAGGCCAUACGCAAUUGAAGUUCGCCAUAAAUAUGAAACUCAACUCCAUAAUAUGAGUCCAAGUCCAACAACUUCACCUAGCCAUGAUAGUCUAUUCCAAGCCAUUAAAAUUGCUACAAAAGGAAAUAGAAGAAGAAGGGGUGGCUAUGUAAUCAAUUCGAUUUAA